GGCUGCAAUGGAGAGCUCACUAAUAUCAUAUUUCUUGGGCUGCUUUUACAAGCAGAAUUGAUCUAUUCGAGGGAGGGGGAGAAGAAAACAAGCCCCUUAAUUCCAAAUAUUGUGGGGAGUUUACCAGCGAGCAGAACUGGGCUUUAAGAGGCUCACUAGUGGUUUCUGGUGGUUGCUAUAAGGAGCUAGAAUCGGGGUGGAUUUUGGUGGAGGGGGAGGAAAAACGCGCAGGAAAAGACAGAAUCCAGAGUAGCAGAGACUUUGUGCCCCCGUUGGAGAGAUGGUUGAGUCCUCGUCAAGGUUGCUGUGGUAUCCCAGAAACACCAUUCACUCCGAGCUGUGACCGCGCACCGACAACAGCAACAACUCCACUGCGCCGGGCUGAGCAGCAGGCAGACGGAGCUCGCGGAUAAUAUGAAAGGGAUCCGCAGAGGAGACAGCCGAGCGAAGGAAUCCAGACCCCGGGAGCCUGGCACGCGAAGAUGCGCUAAAUGUGGCCGACUCGACUUCCUCCUGAGGAAGAAAAAAAUGGGGAUUCAAAGUGGAUUUACGUUUUGGAAUCUCGUCUUUUUAUUGACGGUGUCUUGUGUGAAAGGAUUUAUUUAUACAUGUGGUGGAACUUUAAAAGGACUUAAUGGCACUAUAGAAAGUCCCGGUUUUCCAUAUGGAUAUCCAAAUGGUGCCAACUGUACAUGGGUAAUAAUAGCAGAAGAACGAAAUCGAAUACAAAUUGUUUUUCAGUCAUUUGCUCUAGAAGAAGAAUACGACUACCUAUCCUUAUAUGAUGGACAUCCUCAUCCUACAAACUUUAGAACAAGGUUAACAGGAUUCCAUCUGCCACCGCCAGUGACAAGUACCAAGUCUGUGUUCUCACUACGUUUGACCAGUGAUUUUGCAGUUAGUGCUCAUGGGUUUAAAGUAUAUUAUGAAGAAUUGCAGAGUAGCUCUUGUGGAAACCCUGGAGUUCCGCCCAAAGGUAUAUUAUAUGGCACAAGGUUCGAUGUUGGGGACAAGAUCCGCUACAGCUGUGUGACUGGGUAUAUCCUUGAUGGCCACCCUCAACUCACCUGCAUAGCCAAUUCGGUUAAUACGGCCUCGUGGGAUUUUCCUGUUCCCAUCUGUAGAGCUGAAGAUGCUUGUGGAGGAACAAUGAGAGGAUCCAGUGGUAUCAUAUCCAGUCCCAGUUUUCCUAAUGAGUACCAUAACAAUGCUGAUUGCACUUGGACCAUUGUAGCAGAACCUGGGGACACAAUUUCACUCAUAUUUACUGAUUUCCAAAUGGAAGAAAAAUAUGAUUACUUAGAAAUAGAAGGUUCUGAGCCACCUACAAUAUGGUUAUCUGGAAUGAAUAUACCACCACCAAUUAUCAGCAACAAAAACUGGCUCAGACUGCAUUUUGUAACAGACAGCAAUCAUCGAUAUCGUGGAUUUAGUGCUCCUUAUCAAGGUUCUUCUACAUUGACCCACACUACCUCCACUGGUGAGUUAGAGGAGCAUAACAGGACUGCCACUGGUGCUAUUGCUGUUGCUAGCACACCUGCAGAUGUUACUGUAUCCAGUGUUACAGCUGUCACCAUCCAUAGACUUUCCGAGGAACAGCGAGUGCAAGUUACGAAUCUCAGAAAUUCAGGUCUGGACCCCAACACGUCCAAGGAUGGGCUCUCUCCUCAUCAAGCAGAUACACAAAGUACAAGGAGAAGACCAAGACAUGCUGAACAGAUAGAAAGAACUAAAGAGCUUGCAGUUGUUACUCAUAGAGUGAAAAAGGCCAUAGAUUUUAAAUCUAGAGGAUUUAAAUUGUUUCCAGGGAAAGACAACAGCAACAAGUUUUCUAUCUGUGAGUUAAAUGAGGGAGGAAUUAAGACAGCUUCCAAUUUAUGCCCAGAUCCAGGAGAACCAGAAAAUGGGAAGAGAAUUGGAUCAGAUUUUAGCCUUGGGUCAACUGUGCAGUUCUCUUGUGAUGAAGAUUAUGUCCUGCAGGGUGCAAAGAGCAUCACCUGUCAACGGAUAGCUGAAGUUUUUGCUGCUUGGAGUGAUCACAGACCUGUGUGUAAAGUGAAGACGUGUGGCUCUAAUCUUCAAGGACCAAGUGGUACCUUUACAUCUCCAAACUUUCCAUUCCAGUAUGACAGCAAUGCACAAUGUGUCUGGGUCAUCACAGCAGUGAAUACAAAUAAGGUGAUCCAAAUAAAUUUUGAAGAAUUCGAUCUGGAGAUUGGCUAUGAUACCUUGACAAUUGGUGAUGGGGGAGAAGUUGGAGAUCCUAGGACAGUGCUCCAAGUGCUGACUGGGAGCUUUGUACCAGACUUGAUAGUGAGCAUGAGUAGCCAAAUGUGGCUGCACCUUCAAACAGAUGAAAGUGUUGGAUCUCUAGGCUUCAAGGUCAACUACAAAGGUAAUGAUCAAUUGCAACUGUAGGAAAUAUGUUAUCUUAGGGCCACCAGAAAGAAUAUUUUUAAAUUCAAGUUUAAUUGCGUCUACAAAAUAAAAGUUUUUCAUAACACAACCAAGAAACAUUCUAACAGAUUUUCUCUUUAAUUUAACUAUGAAUGUUGAUUUAUCUUACCUUUAUAUAAAAUUAGUUUUUCCUUUAAAAUGUGUCAAUUUUGUAUAUUUGUAUACAUAAAUUUCUCAUAUUUCUCUCAGUCCAUUGAACUAUCCCUGUGUUUCAGUCACUGUAGAUUCCUAGCCUUUCCCAGAACAGACCAUGCCACUUCAUACACUUUUAAUCAGUUUCCUGGCAA